UGUGUGUAGUGUGUGUAGUGUGUGUAGACACAGUCCUGGGUUCUAAGCCCAGGAUGAGACAACUGAAGCCUGAGGAGCAGAUGAAGUGUGAGGAGCAGAUGAAGCGUGAGGAGCAGAUGAAGUGUGAGGAGCAGAUGAAGUCUGAGGAGCAGAUGAAGCGUGAGGAGCAGAUGAAGUGUGAGGAGCAGAUGAAGUCUGAGGAGCAGAUGAAGUCUGAGGAGCAGAUGAAGUGUGAGGAGCAGAUGAAGUCUGAGGAGCAGAUGAAGUCUGAGGAGCAGAUGAAGCCUGAGGAGCAGAUGAAGCCUGAGGAGCAGAUGAAGCCUGAGGAGCAGAUGAAGCCUGAGGAGCAGAUGAAGUGUGAGGAGCAGAUGAAGUGUGAGGAGCAGAUGAAGUCUGAGGAGCAGAUGAAGUGUGAGGAGCAGAUGAAGUCUGAGGAGCAGAUGAAGCCUGAGGAGCAGAUGAAGCCUGAGGAGCAGAUGAAGCGUGAGGAGCAGAUGAAGCGUGAGGAGCAGAUGAAGGAGAAGGUCUGUCUGCAGCCUGAUGACAGGAGGAGGAGUCUAACCUGUCCUCCAGGGAGGUUCUACAGAACAUCUGGACUGAGCUUCACCAGGUGACCAUGUGAUCACCUG